AAAAAGAUGUUCAUGUUAUUCUAUCGUAUGCUUAGUAGAAAGCGGCCAUUGUUUUAAAUUAAUGCGCAUCACAACACAUACCAUAAUUAUCAUUAUUAAUAUUUAGUUUUAAUUAAUUUGUGUUUAACAUCACAUAAUAGUAUCAUAACAAAUUAUUUAUGUUAAAAUUAACAUAAAUCAAUUGAGCGAGGUUUAUUAUUUGAAUCUUAUAUCAAAAGUCAUGCCAGCAGACAACGAUGAGAGCGGUAACGAGAGUGACAGCAGCACUAGUAGUAGUGUUACAUUCAAGAAAAAACCUACAUUCAAGAUCAGUAAGGUUGCUCAGUUAGCACAUUCUGUGAAACCAGGACAGAAAUUAAUUCCUGUGACAAAUGGGAAACCGAUUAAAAUAAUAGGCUUCCGCCCUUCAUUAAAAGAUCAUCCAGGAUCAUUGCAAACGGUUAGCGUUUCUCAAAAACCUCCAGAGCCUCCACAUAAUGGUGGCGAACUUUCACAGAAACCAGGAGGGCCGUUACAGAAUUCUAAAGAAGAUCAACACCCGGCAGGAAAAGUCCUUCUCGACAUUUUAAACAUUACGCAAAAUAACACUUUGUUAUUGAAUGAAUUAUCAAAAAAAAUGGAUAAACAAGGCGAGCAAUUAUCCAAAUUGUCGCAAAUUGUUCAUCAGCGUGGAAAUCCAACGAUUGCAUCGACAAUAGCCAAACCUGACUUCGUACCGUUCCACACUGCGGCGGAAGUUAAAGAAUAUGAAAAAGCUACAGAAGAAAAUAGAACUAAAUUAAGAAAUUAUAUUAGUGCUUUUAAAGGAGGAAGAUGUGUAAUGGAUAACGUUCGAUAUAUUUUGAAAAAUAAUUUACUCAUGAUGGAGGAGCUGUUAAUCACUUACAAUUACUUUGAACCCAGUAAAGGGAAACCAAACACUUUGGCUGGUUCCAUGCUCGAUCGUGAUUUUCUCUCGGCUUUAAGAUCGGUGUACCCUAAUUUAACUGUGCAACAAUAUCAUGAAGCUUUAAAAACUGCACUGAAAGCAGCAGAUUCUCGAAUGAGAGUAAAAACUAAAUCCGCCUCAGAACCACCGAAAAAGAGGAAGAAAAGCACGGAUUUUUCUGAAGAUUUUUAUUCUAAGUCAUCUGAAAAUCAUCCUCCAGUGGAUUAGCAUUUCUCAAAUUAAUAUUUUUUAAUUAAGUAUUUUUUUCAUUUAAAAUAUAUAUUAAUUGUAAGGAGGUAUAUAUAACUUAUAGAAUGUCAACUAUUUAGGUUACAGAAACAAAUAUAAUUUUCUAUUUUAUUACAAA